UUGGAGGCAGGAUGAAAGUCCUUCUUGCACAUGAAAUUGGCGAAGGAUUUUCCCAUUUUGGAGCCUGAGCUGGGGAAGGCAGCCGCUAGAUCUGAGAGCAACGUAAACAAACUCGGCCGCCUAACCGGAACUACGCCUGCCGUGGCAGAGGGAACUUCCGGGGUCAAAAGGGACAGCUUCCGGCAAUUAGCGCCUCUGCCGCUCCCUCUUCGCCCCUUCGUCCUUUCACUUUGGGCCCCUCGGAGGCCAGAUAGACCCUGUGAUGAAGUACAGGAGGUAGUUUAUUUUCCUGCUGCAGUUCAUGACAACCUGAAGGAACAUCUUAAGUGUACUUACAUAGAAAUUGAUCAAGUUCCUGAAACAUAUGCUAUUGUCCUUAGUCGCCCAGCUUGGUUAUGGGGGGCAGAAAUGGGAGCCAAUGAGCAUGGAGUUUGCAUUGGGAAUGAAGCUGUAUGGGGAAGAGAAGAAGUUUGUGAUGAAGAGGCACUACUGGGCAUGGACCUUGUCAGACUUGGUCUUGAAAGAGCUGAUACAGCUGAAAAAGCCCUCAAUGUCAUUGUUGAUUUAUUAGAAAAAUAUGGCCAGGGUGGAAAUUGUUCAGAGGGCAGGAUGGUAUUUAGCUAUCACAACAGUUUCCUGAUAGCUGAUAGGAAUGAAGCCUGGGUUCUGGAGACUGCAGGGAAGUACUGGGCAGCAGAAAAAGUACAAGAGGGAGUUCGUAAUAUUUCUAAUCAGCUUUCUAUAACAACCAAGAUUGAUCGGGAACACCCAGACAUGAGAAGCUAUGCUAAGCAGAAAGGUUGGUGGGAUGGUAAAAAGGAGUUUGAUUUUGCUGCAACAUACUCUUAUCUUGACACAGCCAAGAUGAUGAUUUCUCCAGGCAGAUACUGUGAAGGCUACAAGCUUCUGAAUAAACAUAAAGGAAACAUAACUUUUGAAACAAUGAUGGAAAUUCUCCGAGAUAAACCAAGUGGCAUUAAUAUGGAGGGAGAAUUCCUGACCACUGCAAGCAUGGUUUCUAUUUUACCUCAAGACUCCAACGUUCCUUGCAUCCACUUCUUUACAGGGACUCCUGAUCCUGAGAGAUCUGUUUUUAAGCCUUUCAUAUUUGUACCAAAUAUUUCACAACUAUUGGACACCAGUUCACCCACAUUUGAAGAUUCAGUUAAAAAGAAGCCACAGUUUAACAUUAAGCCUGACAGAAGACACCCACUCUACCAAAAACAUCAACAGGCCUUGGAAAUACUAGAUAAUAAAGAGGAAAAAGCCAAAACAAUGUUGGACAACAUGAGCAAACUGGAGAAGGAACUAUUCAAAGAGAUGGAAUCAAUCCUUCAAAACAAGCAUCUUGAUGUGGAUAAAAUUGUUAAUCUUUUUCCUCAGUGUACAAAAGAUGAAAUUAGAAUUUAUAAGCCAAAUAUUAGUUCUUAGUGAUCGCAUAAAUAGUCAGCAAUCUUCCUCAAAAUUAGAAUCUGUUACCUUGGUAAAUAAUAUAAAUUAAGUUUGAGCAGAUCUGAUUAUUCUUUAAUAGCAUUCAAGUGAUAGCUUGGCUAUUAAAACUACAUGUAGCCUUGAUGAAAUAUUAAGAAAGAAAAUAACAUUGGAAUUGGACACAUAUAUCAUGGAUAGCCAGGUAUCACUUUAGGUACUGACUUGUAUUUUUUUUUUAGCCACAAUACCUUUUUAAAAAUCACAGUAAUUAAAUGUCCAAUUCUGCAUAAAGCAUGAAACAUUAAAAUAAUGUAUACAUUUAUUAUAAUUAUGUAUUGUCCUCAAAUAAUUUUCUCAGUUACAACAAGAAAGCAGAUUUUUCUUUAGUAAUGGAAAAUAUUGUCUCAACUAAUAAGUUUUUGUGCUUUAGGCAAGUAUUAGCCAGCUCUAGCAAAAUUUUCUAGAUUUACAUUGUCUUAUUCCAGUCUUUUAAUUAUGCAAAUGUUUUAUUAAACCCAAACAUGCUCUUUGUCAAGACUUAGCUGACCAGUGAGCUUUUAGCUCUAAUUAUCUAGCAUUUUUUCGCCCAUACCCCUUAACAGACAUUUAUGUUAAUAUUUUUAGAAGAGCUUUCCUGGGAGAUUAGGAAAUAGAAUAAGCCAAGACCUUAGGAGAUAUUAUUUUGGUGUCUCACAUCUCUCUCAUCUUUUACUUCUGUUCAUUCAGUGAAAACAGGAACAGGAAUGAGAUAGUGGUGAUGAAAUAGAAAUAUUAGCAUAUUAUGAACAUUAAGAACGUUAUAAUGAAUAAUGUAUUAUGAACAUUAUAUAUGAAUAAUAAUACCUGUCCAAAGAUUAUAAAACUUUGUUAAAGUUACACCGGGAUUACCAAGUAAGACUCCAAGUUGGAAAUAUAAACAAAAGAAAAAUCCAACUCAAAAUAGCACUAUGUUUUUAUUGGUUUCUAGAAAUUUCCAUUUUAGGUGUUUGAUUGCAUUAUCAUAUUUAUUGGUCACUAUCACUGCAAUUAGGAUUAUUACUAAAAUAGUGGAUCAUUAUAUUUAAAGAGUCCUCAGAAAUUAUUUUUUAAAUUCUCUCAUAAAAAUCAUAAUCUGCCUGAUGGCUCUUGUCUAAUGCAGGGCUGCCAUUACAAAAGAAAACUGUAUCAAAUGCUCAGUUAAUUCUGGUUUGCCUUACAUAUAAUUCAGUGAUAAGUUCUUCUUAAAUCAUGAAGCCCUUUGGGCAACCCCCAAAUGCCCCCCCUCUCUUUUUUAAUAUGUGAGGAAACUAAGGGUAAGCAGUUCAUUGAUUUAUUUAGGCACAGAAACGUGCCUCUCUCUAGGGCCCGCGUGUUUUCACUUUCUCCUUUGACACCAUGCUAGACCAAACUAGCACCAAGCUCUCACCUGGACCACUGCAGUUAAGUUCUUCUGCACCCAUUUUUGCUCUUUAUCUUCAUCCACCUGGGUCACUGCAGCCAGAGUGGUCUAUUAAAAUUUUAAAUAUGUUCAUGAAUUUCCCUCCUAAAACUUUUUUUAAAAAAUAGACUUUAUUUUUAGAGCAGUUUUAGGCUUAAAGCAAAACUGAGCAGAAAGUACAGAGUUCCCACAUACCCUUGUUCCUCUAUCCUCCCCUCCACCAUCAACAUCCCACACCAGAAUGGUACAUUUGUUAUAACUGAUGAACCUACACUGACACAUCAUUAUCACCCAAAAUCCAGAGUUUACAUUAGGUUUCACUCACUGUACAUUCUAUGGGUUUGGAUAAAUGUAUAAUGACGUGUAUCUACAAUUAUAGUAUCAUACAGAACAGUUUUACUGCUCUAAAUAUCUUUUGUGCUCCACCUAUUCAUCCCUCCCUUCCCCUAACCCCUGGCAAUCAUCUUUUUACUGUUUCCACAGUUUUGGCUUUUCCAGAAUAUUGUGUAGGUGGAAUCAUACAGUAUGUAGCCUCCUUUUCAGAUUGGCUCUUUAACUUAGUAAUAUGCAUUUAAGUUUCCUCUAUGUCUUUUCAUGGCUUGAUAAGUCAUUUCUUUCUAAUGAUGAAUAAUAUUCCACUGUCUGGAUACCCUGGUUGCUGAUAUCCACUACUGAAGGACGUCUGGUUGCUUCUGUGUUUUGGCAAUUAUGAAUAAAGCUGCUAUAAAUAUC